AUGUUUUCAGGGUUGACUGUGCACGGUCCCUCGGGUCCUCUGGUUGCUCCUCUGGGAUCUUCACUGGUUCUGCCCUGUUAUGUUGAUGAACCUUUACUAAUGGAGAGACUGGAGGUGGAGUGGAGAAGAACAGACUCAGAGACUUUCGUUCAUCUGUUUCAAGAUGGUGAGAGUCGACCAGAGGCACAGUCGCAGGAUUAUCAGGACAGAGCUCAUUUCUUCACUGAGGAGAUUAAACACAGAAACUUCUCCCUCCGGCUGGACCAUCUGAGAGCUGAAGAUGAAGGACGAUACACAUGUACAGUUCACAGUCAGCAGGAGUCUGGAGAAACUGAGGUUCAAAUAAAAGAUGUUGAGCGUUUGCUGGUCUCAGGAUCAGAUCGGUCCAUGUCUGCGUCUGUGGGUGAAGACGUCACUCUGAACUGCUCUGUCGACUCUCACAUCAAACCUGAACACUUAGAUGAGGUUUCCUGGAAGAAAACUGAUGAAGAUAAUGAAGAUGAAGACAAGCUGGUCCUGCUCUACCAGUACAACAAGACCUUUCCAGGUUCAUCAGAUGAGCGAUACCGAGACCGAGCUGAGUUCUUCACCACUGAAAUCCCCAGAGGAAACUUCUCUGUCCGACUGAAGAGCGUCAGAACGGAGGAUAAAGGGGUUUACAUGUGUCAUGUGUUUGCUGGAAGACAUUCAGCCAAUGCAACUGUAGUGCUGGACCAACUGGGUUUCUCUGCGUUACACAUAAUAAUGCUGAUUCUCUGUGUCUCUGCAUCUGGAUCUGCACUUCUGCUCUUCUGUCUGAUCUACUGUAGAUCUCCUACUAAAGACUCAGUCUUUCGUCUUCAGAUGUUCCUCGUCUUCUGUCCAAAUAUUCUGAUGUGUCUCGCGUUCGUCCUCUGGGGGUUAUCUGAAGGAUCAGUGUUUGAGUCGGUCUGUUGUUCUGCUCUGUAUCUCCUGAGGCCGCUCGUGUUGCUCUGGACGGCUCCGUAUUUCCAUCACUUCACAGCCAACAUUAAAACAUGGAUUCGGAUUUUCAGUUAUUAUACAGAAUAUACAGUUUUCUCAGCUGUGUUUUACUCAGUGUUGUUUAAAUCUGCGUAUGACAAAAGUCUGAACUACGCUGGAUUUGAAGGAGUCAUGAUUACAGUCCUGUUUGUGAUCGCGCUCCUGCUAAACCUCCUCUUUAUUAUCUACUCGGUGGCUUUAUUAACUGUGACGCUGAGCGAGCGCAUCAAGACUAUAUUCAACGUUCUGGCUCGUGUAAGCUUUGAUGUUCUUCCUCCACUGCAGUUCAUCCUCCUGUUCUUCAGCUUCGGGUCGAGAACAGGAUUCCUCAUUGUUGCACUGUUGCCAGUGUUGACUACAGUGACGAGAUUUCACUGGGACAGAUUAUGUGGUCAACAGAUGGGCUGUUCUCCUGCGGUCAGGAGAUCAGUGUAUGUGAUCUUCAUGUUAGUGGUCAAUGCUGGACUGGUGUAUUUCUACAGCACAGCUCUGGACAAUGAGAAGGAUCGUGUCGGAUGGGUGUGUGUGAUCGUGUUUCUUCAGUCACUCUGGGCAGUGAUAAACUUCACAUUCUCAUUUACAUGGGAUCUUCUCCGUGUUGUUCCUGUGUAUGUGUUUGGAUCAGUCGGUGUAGUUUUCCUGAACGCUGUUGCUCUGAUGACUGAACUGAUCCUGAGAACAGUUAAUGGAGUAGGAGCCGUCGGAGAUAUGAGGAUCGUCGUGUUUUCCUCUGAAAUCCUCUUCACUUUAUUUCUCUUUAUUCUACUGAUAUUUGAACCCUGGAUCAAACCGUGUCUACAGUCAUGUCUGAAGGCAAUGAAGUCUCGUCGAUCUCGAUCUGCUGGAUCUCAGGAUCAGGAAUCUCAGAAUACAGCAGAUCCUGAUGAAACUACAGCCAGUGGAUCAAACCAGAACCAGAUCCAGAACCCAGCAGGAUCUCACGAGAUGAAGCCUCUACUGAAUGAGCACCAGAACCAGAACCAGAUCCAGAACCAGAACCAGAACCAAGACCAGAUCCAGAACCAGAACCAAGACCAGAACCAGAACCAGGACCAGGACCAGAUCCAGAACCCAGCAGGAUCUCACGAGAUGAAUCCUCUACUGAAUGAAGUGUUGUCACAGCCAUAA